AAGGGUGGUGAGACUUAAAGAAGCAGGGGUUGCUUCUAAAACCUGGUUUUCUGUCCAUUUAUCUUUCUGCAUUUCCAUUAUCUCGAGCUCUGCAAUGUCCAUUUUUUCACAGUAAAGGAGUGAAAGAGAGGAUUUGGAGCUUGAGCUACAAUGUGUUGGUUUUUCUGAACCAGAAGAGGUUCAUUUCAUGAGCUGAGGCGGUUUAUUCAUUAUUGCCGUUGUUGGGUUUGAUUUAGAGCUUCCUAAUUCUUUGAAUAUCUGGAAGCUGAACCCGGAAUCUCUGCUUUGAUGUUCUACAUAAACUGUGGCCGUUAUCUCUCGAUCUUCAGAGCUUCAGGGGCUAUAAUGUGUUCAUUGAAUCAUUUUGGCAAAAAUAUUUAUGGGAUUCUAUUGUAAAUAUCUCGUUCUUAUACAAUGGUUUAGCUUUCUGAGGCAAACGAUUCAAGGCCAUUUUCUUCAAUACUGAAGGGCUUAAGAAUUUCUGAUCGACCUAGUAAUCACCGAGUUAAACCCAAACCUCGAUUUUACUUUUCCCUGUUAUACUUUUGAGGAGCAGAAGGAAUUAUUGUCAGCUCUACAGUGAUUUGAUGCUACAUUUUGUGAGGUUCUUUCCUAUCGACGACUGGGCAAGAUACCAUGUGAUCUGAGAAGAAUCUCACGUUAUUAAGAGAUGAUGGCCAGUGAUGGGGAUGCAACCAAAAGGAUACCCACUUUCACAAUGGACGUACCCUGCUUGCUUUUGCUUUUCCCCCUCUAAAACAGUGAAGGUUUCGUCCCGUCUGUGACUUCUAUUGCAAAACAAAAGACACCCUCUCAAACUCAUAUGCAUCUCAUUGCCUUCUUUCCAAAAAGAGAAAAGGAAAAAGAUUAAAGUUCUAUCCGAAAGGGAAUAUUAAGUGAAUUAAACCUUGGAUAGUCCCUGAUUUGAGGUUUUCGGUUUAUAAAUUAAUUGUUCUUUGAGCUCAUAGAAGGUUCUAUAAUGCUUAUUGUAGCUGAGGUUUAAGUUAUAUGGGCUUCCUUAAGUGGGGUUCGUGGAAUCAGGUGUUUUAAAGAAGAGAAGGGUGAGUAGAGAGAGGAAAGGGUUUAUGUAAUGAGUUCUUCUAAUAUUGUGAUUCAAAAAUGUGGGAGGGUGGAGAACGGAUCGGAUGUUGCAGAGAAGGUGGUGGUCGCUGUAAAAGCCACCAAGGAGAUUCCGAAGACUGCUCUCGUUUGGGCUCUCACUCAUGUUGUCCAGCCCGGUGAUUGCAUAACCCUAUUGGUCGUUGUGGCUGGGUCUAGUUCAGGUAGAAAGCUAUGGGGUUUUCCGAGGUUUGCUGGAGAUUGUGCAAGUGGUCAUAGGAAGUCUCAGUUGGGAACUACUUCUGAGCAGAAAUGUGAGAUCACAGAUUCCUGUUCACAGAUGAUUCUUCAGCUUCAAGGUGUUUAUGACCCAAACAAGAUAAAUGUCAAGAUAAAGAUUGUAUCUGGUUCACCUAGUGGAGCUGUGGCUGCCGAGUCCAAAAAAGCUGGAGCAAACUGGGUGGUAUUGGACAAACAACUGAAGAAUGAGGAAAAACGUUGCAUGGAGGAGUUGCAGUGCAACAUUGUGGUCAUGAAGCGUUCCCAACCAAAGGUUCUUCGGCUGAACUUGGUAGGAUCACCCAAAACUGACCAGCCUAAACCAUUACCCACACCUCUAGAACCAGAAGAAGACUCUGAAAAUCUUCCCAAAAGUUCCUGCAAACCAUCAAAUUCUUCAAUGCGAGGGCCAGUUGUGACUCCAACGAGCAGUCCAGAGCUAGGAACUCCUUUUACCAGAACUGAAGCUGGUACAUCUUCAGUCUCUAGCUCUGACCAUGGUACCUCCCCAUUCUUUACCUCAGAAAUGAGCGGAGGCAUAAAGAAAAUAGAGCCCAACAUCAUGAAAGAAAACUGCAGUAUAGAUGAAACUAGCGAGUCAGGAGAAGAGCCAAAUGCCAUUUCUGAUACUGAUAGUGAUAAUUUAAGCCCCCCUUCAACAAGCUUUGACUUUCAGCCAUGGAUGUCUGAGAUGCUCAGUACCCAUCGACCAACUUCUCGACAUGGUGAGGAAAAUCCAGUGCAAAAUCAUGGACCUAGUGGGAGAACUCAAACUGCUAUGGCAAGAGCCUUGCUAGAAAAAUUCUCGAAAUUGGAUCGAGAAGCGGGAAUUGGCCAAAGAAACUAUCGGGUUGAUACAGAAUUCACAUCAAAUGUCAGAGAUGCCAUUUCUCUUUCUAGGAAUGCACCCCCUGGCCCUCCUCUCUGUUCUAUAUGCCAACACAAGGCCCCUGUGUUUGGAAAACCACCAAGGUGGUUUAGUUAUGCUGAGCUUGAACUUGCGACGGGUGGAUUUUCUCAGGCAAACUUCUUGGCUGAAGGUGGUUUUGGAUCAGUUCAUAGAGGGGUUUUACCUGAUGGUCAGGCCGUGGCUGUGAAGCAACAUAAGCUGGCUAGCUCUCAAGGUGACUUGGAGUUUUGCUCAGAGGUUGAGGUCUUAAGUUGUGCGCAACACCGAAAUGUUGUGAUGUUAAUUGGAUUUUGUGUUGAGGAUAGGAGGAGGCUGUUGGUCUAUGAAUACAUCUGCAAUGGAUCAUUGGAUUCUCAUCUCUAUGGGCACAAUCGGGAGCCAUUGGAAUGGGCUGCUCGGCAAAAGAUUGCAGUAGGGGCUGCUAGGGGACUUCGGUACCUUCAUGAAGAAUGUAGAGUUGGUUGUAUUGUUCACCGUGAUAUGAGGCCAAACAAUAUCCUCAUCACCCAUGACUUUGAGCCACUGGUUGGAGAUUUCGGCCUUGCAAGGUGGCAGCCAGAUGGUGACCUUGGUGUAGAGACUCGAGUAAUUGGGACAUUUGGGUAUCUAGCACCAGAGUAUGCUCAAAGUGGACAGAUCACAGAGAAAGCGGAUGUAUACUCCUUUGGUGUGGUUCUUGUGGAGCUUGUUACUGGACGCAAAGCUGUUGAUAUCAACAGGCCUAAAGGCCAGCAAUGCCUCACAGAAUGGGCUCGUCCCCUAUUGGAGGAAUAUGCGGUAGAAGAGCUGGUGGAUCCACGACUUGAGAACCGUUAUUCUGAACAAGAGGUCUACUGCAUGCUUCAUGCUGCCUCGUUAUGUAUUCGGAAAGACCCCUAUUCGAGGCCUCGCAUGUCUCAGGUGCUUCGGAUUCUUGAGGGUGAUGUGAUUAUGGAUUCGAACUAUGCAUCCACGCCUAGUUAUGAAACAGCUUCAGUUGGGAGUCGAAGUGGGAGAAUGUGGAAUGAGCAGCCCCAGUACAGUGGCCCAAUACUUAACGACAAGCUCUCUGAUGAAGCUUUGAGGGCUGCUUAUUGGGAAAGAGAGAAAACAAAGAGAGUCUCAUGUGAGGAUUAAAUGAGCAAGUCUCCUAAGCGUGAGUAUAAAUAAAUUUUUGCAUUUGGGUGUAUUUAUUUGCAUUAUUAGUGUCUUUUUUGCCAGUAUCUGUAUAUCCCAUUGUAUGGUUCUCUCUAAAAUUUCAUUGACACUCAAAUUAAACAUAGAGCAGAAAAAAGUUCUUGGAGGGCGUGUUGGCAAACACCUUGGCUAAAAUGCAUCCAAAUUGAUGAAAA